CAAAAUAAAUUCUCAGUUCUGAGGUUCUCAAAGUCCCAGAAUGAGGCUGCAGAUGUUGAACAUGUUUAUGAACUAUAACGAGAGGAAUUCUGACGUUCGUGAUGGUUUUGAUGUCUCGUGCGCAAAUUAAACCAAAGUGUUUAAAUGUUUCUCGUCUCGCCAGCAACAAGCGGCACUAGACAGACGCACACACACGCGCACACGCACACACGCACACACACACACACACGCGAGAACCUCCAUCUGGAACCCGAUCCCGAACAGAAAGAGGGACUAAUAUCAGAUGUUCCCGCGACUGACCCUUUCAUUCCCGGCGCCGUGAGGGAGCAGCGCUCGGUGAGGGGGUUUGAUUCAUCCGUCGUGAUUCGCCUUUUUUCUUUUUUUCUUUUUUUCACUUGUACGUGUGGUUUAUGGAGCGGGUGGGCUGCGGAUCGGCCACCGGGUGUGAUGUGACCGGUUCCGCGGACCGGAGAACAGCAGGGCUGCGGUGGAGCGAGCGCGACCGGGUUCAUGUGGCGUGAUGAGGAUCGGAUGAUCUUUUCCUCGCGAACAUUCGACGACAUAAAGGACACGUAUGGAAACUGGAGAUCAGAAUUUUAGACGAAAAAACGAGUGAUUUUAUCCUUUAUUUUUGUUUAACCUCUCGUUUCUUUGAUCAUCAUCGCCAGGAUGGAUUGAUUCAGAUUCAGUCGACGCGCGCGACUCGAUAUAAUCACAAUUCGCACCCAAACGGUCGUGUUUAAUCGCGCAUUGUUGGAAUAUUCCGCGUUUUGGGUUCAUGGAUGCGCGCGCCACCACUCGACCGGCAGCGGUUCGGGAACGUGAUUCUGGUUUCCAUUCAUCAGUCCGGAGGAUUUAAAGGCUCGUGCCUGAUCAGGCCAGAAUGAGUGAAGAUGAAUGGCAGUAUGUUCAGCUUCCCAUUGAGUGCCACUCAAGUCAAUCAUAAUCAGUUGGGUUAGCAUGUAGGUGCAGGUUGACCCGCACACUUGUCUUCCUUCUCAAUUCAUCGGCCCUUUGUUGGCCCCUACUCCUCUGGGGCCCUUUUCGGCUCUCAGGCUCCUUGUUUCUUCUUUCGUUGUCCCCUUAAAUUUACAAAUAUUUACUUCCUAUACAUCAAGAGGAAAGGGGUCUCCCCUUUCGUGGAAUGCGGCAGCAUGGGGGUGUUUGAGCGCGGGGUGCAGAUGCUCCUGACCACGGUGGGCGCCUUCGCCGCCUUCAGUCUGAUGACCAUCGCCGUGGGAACCGACUAUUGGCUGUACUCGCGCGGCGUCUGCAAAACGAAGAGUAGCAACGAGAACGAGACCGGCAAGAAAAACGAGGAGGUGAUGACACACUCGGGCCUGUGGAGGACCUGCUGUCUGGAAGGGAAUUUUAAAGGCAUGUGUAAACAGAUCGACCACUUUCCUGAAGACGCGGACUAUCAAGCCGACGCAUCAGAGUAUUUCCUGCGUGCGGUCCGAGCCUCCAGUAUUUUCCCCAUCCUCAGUGUGAUCCUGCUGUUCAUUGGUGGACUCUGUGUCGCCGCCAGCGAGUUCUACAAGUCCCGACACAACAUCAUCCUCAGCGCAGGGAUCUUCUUUGUAUCUGCAGGUCUGAGCAACAUCAUCGGGAUAAUCGUAUACAUAUCAGCCAACGCCGGAGACCCGUCCAAGAGCGACUCGAAGAAGAACAGCUACUCGUACGGCUGGAGUUUUUAUUUCGGCGCCCUUUCCUUCAUCAUGGCGGAGAUGGUGGGCGUUCUGGCCGUCCACAUGUUCAUCGACCGGCACCGGGAGUUGCGCGUGGCGCGAGUGCGCGUGGACGUCGGGGAAUAUCUUCAGGGAUCCGCCAUCACGAGGAUCCCGAGCUAUCGGUACCGUUACCGGCGCCGCUCGCGCUCGUCCAGCCGCUCCACCGACCCGUCGCACUCGCGGGACGCUUCGCCGGUGGGCCUGAAGGGGUUCGGCCCGUUACCGUCCACCGACAUCUCCAUGUACACACUCGGGCGCGGCGAAACGAAGACUCCUCACGGGACGCCUCCGAUGUACAACUCCGACAGAGAAGCGGAUUUCCUUCAGGUCCACAACUGCAUCCCGAAGGACGCGAAGGACCGGCGCACCACGCCUGUAUGAGCGCCCCCUGCGGGCAGUGUUGGGGCGUGACUCCUCUCAAGUAACCCGAGUUACGUAAUCAGAUUACUUUUUUCAUGUAACUAGCAGGGUUCGUACACGGUGCUUAAAGUACUUGACUUUUUUAAAUUUAAGUUGUGGAAAACCUUUGAAAACCUCUGAUAUCUGUGAAAAAAUCCUAAAGAUAUUGUUUGAUAAGUGCGAUCUCUGAUUGUAGUUCUUGAAAACCCAAAAAAGUAGUGUUUGAAAAGUCCUGGCAUUUCUGUUUACAGCCUCGGUACGAACCCUGAGCUAGUACAGUAACGCAUUACUCUUAAACUUACAGCUAAAUGUCUGAGUUACUUUUUAAAGUAAGUAACGCACAUUGCUUUUCCACAUUCAUUGGCUGUCCGCUCCUCAUGUUGAGAGAUGUAGAAGUGCAGAGGCGCGCGCGCGUGUGUGUGUGUGUGUGUGCUUUUACUCAUCUCACUUGCGCAGAAAAGGUUCCUCAAGAUGAAUAAAAUCUUUGAAAUGCAAAAUUCGAAUAAUAUGCAAACCUCCAAUAAUUAAAUAUGUUAAAUAAAACAUACAUUUUUAUAAGGGCUGGGCAACGAUUAUUCGCGAUUAAUUGCAUCCAAAAUAAAAGUUUGUGUUUACAAAAAUAUAAGUGUGUGUAGUGUCUAUAAUUACCCUUUUUUGUAUAUAUAAAUACACACACACAUACAUGCAUGUAUAUAUUUAAGAAAAAUGUGUUAUUAAUAUAUCAAAUAUUUAUAUUUAUAUAUAAUAUUAAUUAUGUAUAAGUAUAUUUUAAGUAUAUGCAUGCAAAUAUUUCUUAAAUAUAUGCAUGCAUGUGUGUGUAUUUACAUAAAUAUAAAAUAAUUAUACACACUACACACACUUAUAUUAUGUAAACACAAACUUUUAUUUUGGAUGCAAUUAAUUGUUACCCAGCCCUAAUUUUUAUGCAUUUAUUCUCACUUUAUUGACCAAAUGCUGAUUUUCAAUGAUUCAGUUAAACAAUAAGUUUUUGUUUUUAUUAGUAAAGUAAGUGUUAAACUUUCGUCUCCUGCAUUACAUUCAUCCGUGAUCUGGAAUGAAAGGUUUGUUUGCGCAAACGUGUGUGAAUUUGCAUUAUUUUCUGCACAGUCCAGGUGAGAAAAAGCAACGUAACACAUUACUGUUCUUAAAAAGUAACUAAGUAACGCAAUAUUGUAAUGCAUUACUUUUUAAAGUAACCUCCCCAACACUGCCUAAAGCGAGCGGCGGCUCCGCAAACAGACGGACUGAUUUAUAACACUAAUGAUGACGAGUUUACAUGUUGAAGUCCAAAAAGAAAAAAAAAAGAAAAAUGAAAUGCAUGAUUUUCUUAUCUUACAUAAACUAACAAGUUUUCGACCAUGUGACGAGAGAGCCGACGAGACUCGAGCUCGUGAUAUCUCUUUUCUUCAUGUUCAUUUUGUUGCACAUAAAUACUGUGAAGCUUCGUGGCGCGGAGACUGCAGGGAACAGAAACAAGCCCACGGACCGGCGCCAUUUAUAUGACACUACAAACUUAAUGAUAAAUGACUACUAUAUAUAUAUAUACUUAUAUAUAUAUAUAUGAAAGAUGCAUACAUGAAUAUAUGAACA